AUGCGAGAAAGUGAAAUCAGGGACUCGCGUAUUCCUGCUCAUAUAUCAGAUGAUGCUUUAGAUGACUAUAUAACUGAACUAAUUAUCGAAGAGGCGCGCAUGAAAGACCCCGCAUACCAGCGUGAAUACCAGCGCUCUACCGCAGCAAGGCUAUUCGCGCGACCUCGAGAGCCAUCUACGCGUACUAAUAAGAGGUUUCUCGCUUCCAUGAUACGUAAUGCAGAUUCGCACAAUCAAAGAAGAUCAGCAGGUGGAUUCAAGGGCGAGAAGGAGCGUCCACAGCAACGCACUAGCCGUUGGGACCUUGCGCCAGGAAGCACUCGCAAAAGAGUGCAUCGCGAUCAUGACCAUACAGAAAAUGCGUCAAUACCAUCUCGAAAUCGUUCUAGAUCGCCUACCUAUGUUAAAGAAAGACCGUCAGAGCCUGAACCGCGACCAUCGCCUAAAGUACGUCUAUGGGACCUAGGAAAAAAUGUUUGUUUAUAG